AUGUCUACGUUGACAAUAUUAGUUGGUCGAUUUAUGCCUGUGAUAGUUUUAUCACUCGUGGGUUAUACAUACUACGUCUUUGUAUAUCGGAUAUGUGUUAAACGUUUAAUCAAUUACAAUAGAACUACACAAGCUGUGAUAUAUCUGGUAAUUUACAACAUUUUGUUUAUAAUGACUUUACUAUCAUACUUUAAAGUUUUAUUUCAAGAUCCUGGAUCACCUUCAAAACCACAGAAACGUACACCGCAACAAUCAAGUACGCAGUCGGAGAAUGAUGACACCAUCAAUGUAUCCCAACCACAACCAACAGUACAAUCAACAUUUACUAUUCAUCAUUUUAAUCCUGUAACGAAUCCAAUAAAUACAUCAAAUGCUGAUGCUUUAUUACAAAUGGAAAAUGCUUUUGUUAAAAGUAAUGCUUCCCCCGCAACGGGAAAUGUCACAACUUCCAACCUUCCAAAUCCCCCUUCAAGUGUAAUGAUACCAAUGCCAAGUACUUUUAUAAGUAAAAGGGAUGGAAGGUUAAGAUGGUGUGAUAGAUGUAAUUAUGUGAAAUCUGAUCGGUGUCAUCAUUGUUCUGAAUGCGAUACGUUAUAUACUUCAUUAUAUGCAGAUUAUGCAUUUGCUGCUGCUAUACCUAUACUGGUAGAGCAAUUAAAAGAAGAUAAUUAUCUUGAUAUACAGUUGAUUGUUUUAAUGAUAUUAGGAUUCUUAUUUGGUCUUUUGCUCACAGGAUUCACAUUAGUUCAUACAACAUACUUGCUACAAAAUAGGACUACAAUUGAAAGUAUUUCAUUUCGUUCGAGAACAUAUCAUGUACGUGUACAAUUUGAUACCGAAAAUCCAUUAGGUUAUGGUGUAGCAACCACUCGUCCUGGUGAAAAUUUGUGGAAUCUUGGUUGGAAAAAAAAUUGGAAAUAUGUUAUGGGUGAUAAAUGGUGGCUAUGGUUUAUACCAUUCGGUAAUCCUCCUGGUAAUGGUCUAGUCUAUCCUUUUAAUCCCGAUUUACAGUCUAGAUUAAUUGAGGAUGCUAGAAGACAAUCUCAAGUACAAGAGGAUAGAAUGAACAUGAUGAUGCAACAAGCUCAACAAAGUAAUACUAGAGGUGCCACGACCAUUGAUGCGAGUGGUAGUGGAGGUGGAGGCGGUAAACUUGGUGGAAGCAGAUUAUGA